AUGAAUACUUCACCACCAUCACAGCCUAACCUGACUAUUUAUAUACUUAAUUUUACUACUGCUGAAAUUCAUGAAUCUGAUGGAAAAAUUCUUUUGAAUCGUUCAAUAUCAUCAUUGGAUUCAAAUGGUCAUUAUCGUUUACCUAAUUAUGAAUUUCUAUGUAUACAACAAUUAUCAAAGUGUUCUAAACAUGAUUGGUCAUUAAUAUUUCAAUUAGAACUUAAUCCAAUAAAUAUUUUUGAACGUGAACGUAAAUAUUUAUUAUUUAGUGGUGGUGCACAUGAACCACAUAGUGAUGGAAUAUUAAUUUAUUUAUAUCAAUCAAAAAAUACGUCAUAUCUUGAUAUUGAUUUUAAAGAAUUUCAUAAUGAUCAAAUUGCAUUUUAUUGGCAAAUUGAAGCUGAUUUAGAAAUCAAUAAAUCGAUUGAUGUAGUAAUAACUAUUGAAAAUCAUGCAACAUCAAUUGGUCAACAUCAUCAAAUGACAAUUUUCUUCGAUGGAUAUUUAUAUAAACAAACCGAAGUAGAAAAAUAUACAGAAUUAUAUGUAUUUAAAUAUGAGAAAUUACAUUCAACAUCAAUAACUAUUUAUGGAAAUGAUUCCGGAGUAGCUAGAUUUGAUAAUAUGAUAUAUUAUGAAAGAAUUCUAACAGAUGAAGAAAUUGCUAAUGAAAGUAUACCGAUAAAUUGUACACUUGAUUUUGGUGAUGGAUAUCGACAAACAAAUGGUACAGAUCGUCAUCAGUAUUAUACAGCUAAUUUUUCAAGAGAUUAUACACGUUGA